UGGAGCGGGCGACUGCCGAUUUGGUUCUAGAUUAUCUCUUGUUGCGCGAUCCACCUGUUGUUAAAAACGCAGUUUGGAGGAGGAGGAGGAGGCUGACAUUAAGACUGUUUCGGAGAAUCUUUCUUGCCGUAUGCAGGCUUCUGAAUCGCUGGUUGAUGUAGAUAUUGGAGUGCAGGCUUCUGAAUCGCUGGUUGAUGUUGGAGUGCAGACGGUUGAUGUUGCGGACUUUCAUUGUGAAGUCGGCUGUCAGACAGAUAGUGUCGUUGGGAUGGAGGGAGGAGCUUCAGGAGUUCUUCUGGGGAAAGUGACUGUGGCGGCGGAGGAGGAGCUGGAGGCACCCUCGAGUGCGGAGUCUUCUCCGAACGUGCAGUCUGAUUCUGAUAGCCGCGCCUUGUCAGGAGCGUCCCAGGGGUGUCUGAAUCGUCCCGUCACGCUCAAUGAGGUAUCGAAGGAGUCGCGCCAGAGGACUCGAGGGAGAGAUCGUGACAAGGUCAUGGGGACAUCGACGUGCUCUCAGGCCACCAUUGCCGAUGUCAAAGCGUGGAUUGACGCUGUUGCCAGCAUCAACGAGUUGAAUGCGAUCCAGUAUUUAAAUAACGGAAUGGAUUUGUUUGAUAAGCUGGUGACAGAACGUGGGUUCCCUACAAAGAAGGCCCAACAAGAUUAUGCUCGGAAACUGUAUGAGAUGCUCCAGAAUGUGCAAGCGACGCUGGAGGAUCUUCUAAGAUUCUUCGAGGUGCACAGGUUCUUGACAGGACAAAUGAACCGCGCCGAGAUGGCCAAGUUUCUUGAGGUUUCCAAGUGCAGCGAUUACCGAAUAAUAUUCUUCGGACGCCCGAGGAGUUUCGAGAAGUUGGGAUGAAGCUAUUCGUGCGCACUUGUAUGCAACUUUCGGUUUAGAACAGCGAAGGCUGUAAUGCUUGUAUCUCACCUGUUCUUGUUUUCCUCACUUUAUCUCUCUGUUUGACCUCUCGCUGGAGCCAUGAUGGCUCUACGGCCCGCUGUGGGCCCCACUAAGCGCUUCAGGUGUGUAAAGGGCUGGAGCCCCUCAUAUUCUUCAGGUGACGUUCUUCCACGGGUUGUUUCCCCGUCUAAUUCGUUGAUUACUUCACAUGUGACGUUGAGCAUGCGCCUCUUGUCAUACGGCGGGUUGAACAUGCGUAUUUCGGACUGGUUUGAUGUGAAUAAGAGUUUGUGCUCACUCACGCCUUGCCUGUUUGGAUACGUCCGCUCCUUGCUCCGACUAGGCUGGAAAGCCUGCGCAGUCGACCGCAAAGUCCGCAAAACCAGGUUGACGGUUCACCGCCGGUUCGCAGUACUUCGUAGAGCUCUUGGCAUCGAUGAGCUAGAGAAGUUUUCUUCAUGUGUUCCGACGAUUGCUGUGCAAGAAAAGAGCUCUACGAGGUUCCCGGCGGUAACCAGAUUGGUGGCGGAGGAAGCUUUCUCGCUUGAUGCCUCUGCUUCUGUCAUGUUUUGGGAGAUGAUUGCAGCACAACGGCUCUGUAUGGCCGUGGAGCACAUUUUGGGUAGCAUCUUUCAUCCAAGCAGCUGACUCAUUUCAUCUUGCUUGGAGCUCUCCAACACCUUUACAAUUUCACAUGUUGUACUGCAUCCUUUUCCUUGUUCCUGCAUCCUAUUCCGUUGCCUAUGCCUCAGUGGCUCGGCAGUGUGAUGAUCAGAGAUGCCCUCUCUAGCUACCCUGUGCUCCGUUUGGGAGUCUUAGGGCUCAGCUGUCACAGCUGUCCGCGCCCUGACUCAAACUCAAAAAAACAGAUUGACGGUUUACCGCCAGUUCCCAGUUUUGUUCUCGAAAUUGCAGCGUUCGUUAGAGCUCAAGCAUUUUUUCCGUGAUAUUCGAUCUCACUAACGCUCGCCAUCUCAAUAUCAG